CUUGAAACAAGUCAAUUAAAAAAAACCUUGAAAAUUUUCCUCAAGUUUGGUCGUUGCAUUUUGCAUAUUGCACCUACACAAACAAACACACUUCAUUUUGUAUGUUCAAAACCGCACCCUCUUUGACACUCCCGAUUCACAGAUGUGCUGUUACGCGACUUGAUCUCUAUUUCCAUUACUCUCCAUACCCUAGCACUCACAAAAUCUCUCAAUUCGGACGGAGAUUCGGCGUGCCUUGCUCUCUGUUCGGGUUGUCUGAUCGGAUCUCUCACUCGGAGCUUAGGGUUCUGUUGUCAGUCAUUGAUUUAUCGAUCAAGGCGCUUAAUUUAAUCUGUAGCAAUGCCUCUCAGACUCGAGAUCAAGAGGAAACUCGCUCAAAGAUCAGAAAGAGUAAAAUCCGUGGAUCUGCACCCAACGGAGCCAUGGAUCUUAGCAAGUUUGUAUUCGGGGACAGUCUGCAUCUGGAAUUACCAGACCCAGAUUAUGGUAAAAUCAUUUGAGGUUACUGAAUUACCAGUCAGAUCAGCAAAGUUCAUAGCACGCAAGCAAUGGGUUGUUGCUGGUGCAGAUGAUAUGUUUAUUCGUGUAUACAAUUAUAAUACAAUGGACAAAGUCAAAGUCUUUGAGGCACAUACUGAUUACAUCCGGUGUGUGGCUGUGCACCCUACACUACCCUAUGUAUUAUCAUCAUCUGAUGACAUGCUUAUAAAGCUUUGGGAUUGGGAGAAAAGUUGGUUUUGUACUCAAAUCUUUGAGGGUCAUUCUCAUUAUGUUAUGCAAAUCACUAUUAACCCUAAAGACACCAAUACUUUUGCAAGUGCAUCACUUGAUCGCACUAUAAAGAUUUGGAAUCUUGGUUCACCUGAUCCUAACUUCACACUGGAUGCACAUCUCAAAGGAGUGAACUGUGUGGAUUACUUUACUGGUGGUGAUAAACCCUAUCUUAUUACUGGAUCAGAUGAUCACACUGCUAAGGUAUGGGAUUAUCAAACUAAAACUUGUGUCCAAACUCUAGAAGGUCACACACACAAUGUUUCUGCUGUAUGUUUCCAUCCCGAGCUUCCGAUAAUAAUGACAGGUUCAGAAGAUGGUACUGUUCGUAUAUGGCAUUCAACCACUUACAGACUUGAGAACACCUUGAACUAUGGACUUGAAAGGGUUUGGGCUGUUGGAUACAUGAAAGGUUCACGUCGGAUUGUUAUUGGCUAUGAUGAAGGAACCAUAAUGGUGAAAAUUGGACGUGAAGAGCCUGUAGCCAGCAUGGACAAUAGUGGAAAAAUUAUAUGGGCUAAACAUAAUGAAAUUCAAACUGUUAACAUCAAGAGUGUGGGAGCUGAUCAUGAGGUUUCUGAUGGAGAGAGGCUGCCUUUAGCAGUUAAAGAACUGGGAACAUGUGAUCUUUAUCCACAAAGCUUGAAGCACAACCCAAAUGGGAGGUUUGUUGUUGUCUGUGGUGAUGGUGAAUACAUCAUAUAUACAGCUUUGGCAUGGAGAAAUAGAUCAUUUGGGUCUGCAUUAGAGAUUGUUUGGUCAUCUGAUGGUGAAUAUGCUGUUAGGGAAAGUACAUCUAAGAUCAAGAUCUUCAACAAAUCUUUUCAGGAAAAGAAAAGCAUCCGGCCAACUUUUUCAGCUGAGAAAAUAUUCGGAGGAUCUUUACUUGCAAUGUGUUCAAAUGAUUUUAUAUGUUUCUAUGAUUGGGCUGAGUGUAGAUUGAUUCAACGAAUUGAUGUCAAUGUCAAAAAUCUUUACUGGGCAGAUAGUGGUGACCUUGUGACAAUUGCCAGUGAUUCGAUGUUUCACAUACUAAAGUACAAUCGUGAUGUAGUGUCUGCACAUUUUGAUAGUGGAAGAUCUGUAGAUGAACAAGGUGUUGAGGAUUCCUUUGAACCUUUGUAUGAUAUAAAUGAAAGAGUUAGAACUGGAUUAUGGGUUGGGGACUGUUUUAUUUACAAUAAUUCUUCAUGGAGACUCAAUUAUUGCGUGGGUGGCGAGGUAACCACAAUGUUUCAUUUGGAUCGACCAAUGUAUCUUUUAGGAUAUUUAGCCAACCAAAGCAGGGUUUAUCUCAUUGACAAAGAAUUUAAUGUCAUUGGAUACACAUUGCUUCUCACCUUGAUCGAGUAUAAAACACUUGUGAUGCGUGGAGACCUUGAACGAGCUAGUGACCUUUUACCAUCAAUUCCGCAGGACCAUCAUAACAGUGUUGCCCGUUUUCUGGAAUCUCGAGGCAUGAUUGAAGAGGCUUUGGAAGUUGCUACAGAGCCUGAUUAUAGAUUUGAGCUUGCCAUUCAGCUUGGUAAACUAGACAUUGCUAAGGAUAUUGCGUUAGUAGCUCAGAGUGAGUCAAAAUGGAAGCAAUUGGGAGAACUAGCUAUGUCUACUGGAAUGUUGGACAUGGCUGAAGACUGUUUGAAGCAUGCAAAUGAUUUAAGUGGUUUAUUACUACUCUAUUCUUCUUUAGGAGAUGCUGAAGAGAUUACAAAACUUGCAUCACUUGCAAAAGAAAACGGAAAAAACAAUGUUGCAUUCGCUUGUCUAUUUAUGUUGGGUAAAUUAGAAGACUGCCUACAGUUGUUAAUUGACAGCAAUAGGAUACCUGAAGCAGCUUUAAUGGCACGAUCUUACCUUCCAAGCAAAGUUUCAGAAGUAGUCGCCCUUUGGAGAAAAGACCUUAACAAGGUUAACCAGAAGGCUGCAGAAUCUUUAGCGGAUCCAGACGAGUACCCAAACAUGUUUGAGGACUGGCAAGUUGCACUACAAGUUGAAGCAAGAAGCGCAGACACAAGGGGUAGUUAUCCUCCAGCAACAGAAUAUGUGAAUUAUGUUGAUAGAUCGCAUGUGAACCUAGUUGAUGCUUUCAAACACAUGCAACUGGAUGUUCAUGAAAAUGGAGAGUUGGAUCAAGGGGAUGUAGAAGAAGAGAAUGAAAAGGAGGAGGAAUUUGUUGGUAAUAAGGAUAAGGAUAAUGAUUCUUCAGAUGGUGGUGUACUUGUUAAUGGUCAUGAAGCUGAGGCUGAGGUUGAUGAAGAGUGGGUUACAGAUAAUGCAGGAAACCCAUCAGCAGCUUAA